AUGACGGGCCCUGUAGCUGCUGCUCGGCCUUUGUUGCGGCCUGGGUCUUCCUUACUCUUCAAGCAGCUCAGUGGCCCAUCGAUACCAGUAUCAGUAUCAAUAUCAGCAUCGUCUCGCCUGCGGCCAGCGACCUCGACCAUCCUUAGCCUGACCACCACCACCAGCAGCCCACGAGGGCAGCUGUCCCUGCGCACAGGAUGCAGCAGGCUCCGUUUCUACUCCACCAAUCCACCACCCCCUUCACAACAAAAUGCGAGCUCCAAGGAGGCCGAGGAGCCGUCCCAAGCAACGCAGGCCUCCUCGUCCUCUUCGCCAGAGAGCUCCUCCUCCGCCGCAAGACCCUCGAGACCUAGCCCCGAGCUCCCCUCACAGACCGACUCGCGCCGCUCUGCCGCGUCCCAGAACUUCGCCCACUUCAUGGACAACCUGCAGUCGCGCGUGCUGGUGGCCUCGCAGACCCUCAACGACCUGACGGGCUACUCGGCCAUCGAGUCCAUAAAGGCGGCCAACGCCAAGCUCGAGACGGACCUGGCGCAGGCGCAGGCGGACCUGAAGCGGGCGCGGCAGCACUACAAGGCCGUCAACGCGCAGCGGGCCUCGACGCAGCGCGAGGUGACGGCGCUGCUGGCGCGCAAGGACACGUGGACCCCGGUGGACCUGGAGCGCUUCACGACCAUGUACCGGCAGGACCACGAGCUCGAGGCCGCCGUGAGCGAGGCGUCGGCGGCGCUGACCGAGGCCGAGGCCGACGAGGCGCGGCUCAGCCAGGCCCUCAACAGCGGCAUCCUGCGCCGCUACCACGAGGAGCAGAUCUGGAGCGACCGCAUCCGCCGCCAGUCCACCUGGGGCACCUGGGGCCUCAUGGGCGUCAACAUCCUGCUCUUCCUCGUCCUGCAGUUCGUCGCCGAGCCCUGGAAGCGCAACCGCCUCAUGAAGGGCAUCGCCGCCGAGGAGAAGGCCGCCCUCGAGGCCGUGCGGAGGGAGCUGGAGGAGGUCAAGGGCGCCAUGACCAGGAGGGAGGACGCGGCUGCCGCAGCGGCGGCGGCGGCGGCGGCGGCCCCCACCGCCGUCGUCGAGGACGUCGGUGUCGAGGCUGUGCCGGUGGCAUCCCUGCCGGACGUGGGGAUCCCGGAGCAUACGCGUAACCCACCAGGUUUGACGUGGAAGGAGUUCCUAUCGGAACCCAGCCUGUGGCGGGAGGCGCUGGAGGACCUCUAUAGCGAGAGGGUGAUGUAUCUGCGCAUGAGGGACGUGUCACUCAUCGCUCUAGAAGGCGUCGUGACUGGUGCCGUGGCAAUGGCCGGCGUUGCAGUGCUGUUGGCGCGUCAGCGUUGA